AUGUAUUCGCGCGAACAGUUUAUGAAUCCUGGUCCCGCACCGCGACCGCCCACGGACCGCCCACGCCUCGCCCUCACCCCCAACACCAGCAACACACUGCCCGGCAACAUGGCCGGCCUCAGCAUGCAGUCGCCCGGCAUGAGCAACGGCUCGCAAAUGUCGCUCGUACGCACCCAGACAGAAAAGAGCGGCUCCUCCACCUCGACCGUCAAGGAAGGCAUGGUCAAGGUCAAAGACGAGGGCCUGUUCAAAUCCUUUGUCUGGGCAGAUCGCUGGCUAGUGCUACGCGAAUUCGAGCUCAACUUUUUCAAGAGCCCCAAUGCUUCCAAGGUCUCCAACACGAUCCAAUUGCGAGACAUUUUGGGUGUCGAGCGCUCAGACACGCAGCCCCUGUCUUUUGAAAUUACUCGCGCCCUCAACCCUAGCAAAGGCUCGUCGCCACCCCGCGACGGCCCCACCAAAAUCAUUACCUGCAAGGUCGAGACAGACGACGACGUCUACUCGUGGAUCGACAGCAUCUACCAGCGCUGUCCCAGCAUGGGCGGCGUCAGCAAUCCCACAAACUUUACCCACAGGGUCCACGUAGGCUUUGAUCCCAACAGCGGUGCCUUUGUCGGCCUGCCCGUCGAGUGGGAGAAGCUGCUCACAGCCUCUGCACUUACCAAGGAUGACUACGCAAAGAACCCCAAGGCCGUCCUCGAGGUUUUGGAGUUUUACACGGAAAAGCUGGUCAAGCGAUCCGACGAGCCCCAAUACUCUACACCCCCGCCAGCAAAUGCCGGAAUGGACAAGCAGCUUGGCUAUGCAGGCAGCGCCAAUUCGGUCGCCCCUCCACGCUCUGCUCCUUCGGGCCACUACCCGCGCAAGGAAAGCUACAGCUCCGGCCGCCAGGACACACCCUCGCAGCAAGGCUACAGCAGCCAACAAAACUCUGCUUCGUCACAGCAAGAGCGCUAUGAGCAAGAGAGGAAGCGGCAAGACGAACAGGCCAGGAUGCAGCGCGAGCGCGAGCGCCAAAGACAGCAGGAUUACGAGCGCGAACGCGAGCGUGAGGAGCUGGCUGCGUACAAUGCCUCGCUACCCCAGAAAAAGGUCCCAUUGGCCCAGCAAGAAGUGGGUGGAGGCGGCUACGACUCGCGCGACCCAAGCCCUUCGGGUCAGCGGUACAACCCCAGUCGCCCGGCUCCGUCGACGCCAACUGCAACGAGAAACCAGCAGCAAGGACAGCAGCCUCCGGGCUCGCUGCGCCAGAUGGCUGCUCAGCGCCCGGCUCCUCCAGCUCCUUCGCAACAAAACAGCAGCUACGGCACCUCUCCUUCCAAGAUACCCACCUCUCAACGGCCUCCGGUCCAGCCAAACAGCAACUACAAGGGCUCAAGCGGACAGGUGCCCCGCGCCAACAACGGCCAGCCACAGCAGCAGCAGCAGCAGUACCAAGGCUCAUCCGCUGCCCCCAAGCCGCUCAAUGUUGCUAAGCCUGCCGGUGCUCCCGUCAGCGAUGCUGUCAAAAAGGCCGAGCAGGCCCUUACAGCCAAGCCCAAGGACGAACCCCCACGAAAAGAUGUGCGCAUGUCGAGCAUGUCGGAGAGCGAGGUCAUGGCCAAGCUCCGCGAAGUCGUUUCCAAAGAAAGGCCUCUGGACUCGUACAACAAGCAAAAGAAGAUUGGUCAAGGUGCCAGUGGUUCCGUCUAUGUUGCUCGUAUUCGCGAGGGUGCUACUUCGCCCAUGGCCAGGAGGGUCAUGCAAGAAAACGGACCCCGUGCUCAAGUUGCCAUCAAGCAGAUGGACCUCCGCAACCAGCCCCGCAAAGAGCUCAUUGUCAACGAGAUUAUUGUCAUGAAGGACAGCAAGCACCCCAACAUUGUCAACUUCCUCGACGCAUUCCUGCAAGAAGAGCAGUCUGAACUUUGGGUCGUCAUGGAGUUUAUGGAGGGAGGUGCUCUGACGGAUAUCAUCGACAACAACCCUUCGAUUAGCGAGGACCAGAUUGCCACCAUCUGCUUCGAGACUUGCAAGGGCCUGGAGUAUCUGCACAACCUGAACAUUAUCCACCGAGACAUCAAGAGUGACAACGUCUUGCUCGACGGCCGUGGUAAUGUCAAGAUCACCGAUUUCGGAUUCAGCGCCAAGCUCACCGAGCAGCGCAGCAAGCGUGCAACCAUGGUCGGCACUCCCUACUGGAUGGCACCCGAGGUUGUCAAGCAAAAAGAGUAUGGUAACAAGGUCGAUAUCUGGUCCCUGGGCAUCAUGGCCAUUGAAAUGAUCGAGUCGGAGCCGCCAUACCUGAACGAAGAACCGCUCAAGGCCCUGUACCUCAUCGCCACCAACGGUACCCCUCGUCUGAAGAAGCCAGACAAGCUUUCCAAGGAGCUCAAGGCCUUCCUUUCCGUUUGUCUCUGCGUCGAUGUCAAGUCGCGAGCCAGCGCAUCGGAGCUCAUCAGCCAUGACUUCCUCAAGAGCGGAUGCAGCUUGGCAAGCCUGUCGCAGCUGCUCAACUUCCGCAAGAAUGGAGGCCACUAA